GAAACUGUGUUUCUUACUUUAUACUGUAUUUUUGAUUUGUACAGCUCUCCCAGCCAGAGGAGGUGAAACAUCCGUUCCCCCUACAAGAAACUCUGGCUUUUGCAAGAUGGAUUUUCAAGGGUCAAUUGCUACCUAUGCCUAUGACGAUUAUGGUAUGUCAGCACCCUGCCAAAAAAUCAAUGUGAAACAAAUUGCAGCCCAGCUCCUGCCCCCACUCUACUCCCUGGUAUUCAUCUUUGGUUUUGUGGGCAAUAUGAUGGUCUUCCUCAUCUUGAUAAGCUGUAAAAAGCUGAAGAGCAUGACUGAUAUCUACCUGUUCAACCUGGCCAUCUCUGACCUGCUCUUCCUCCUCACGCUCCCGUUCUGGGCUCACUAUGCUGCAAAUGAUUGGGUCUUUGGGAAUAUCAUGUGUAAAGUAUUCACAGGACUCUAUCACAUUGGAUACUUCGGUGGAAUCUUCUUCAUUAUCCUCCUGACGAUUGAUAGGUACUUGGCUAUUGUCCAUGCCGUGUUUGCUUUAAAAGCCAGAACGGUCAACUUUGGGGUGAUAACAAGUGUAGUCACUUGGGUGGUGGCUGUGUUUGCCUCUCUCCCAGAAAUAAUCUUUACCAGGUCUCAGAAAGAAGGUUUUCAUUAUACAUGCAGCCCUCAUUUUCCACACACUCAAUAUCAUUUCUGGAAGAGUUUCCAAACAUUAAAGAUGGUCAUCUUGAGCCUGAUCCUGCCCCUACUGGUCAUGGUCAUCUGCUACUCAGGAAUCCUCCACACCCUGUUUCGCUGUAGGAAUGAGAAGAAGAGGCACAGGGCUGUGAGGCUCAUCUUUGCCAUCAUGGUUGUCUACUUUCUCUUCUGGGCUCCAUACAACAUUGUCCUCCUCCUGACCACCUUCCAGGAAUUCUUUGGACUGAAUAACUGCAGUAGUUCUAAUAGACUAGACCAGGCCAUGCAGGCGACAGAGACUCUUGGGAUGACACACUGCUGCCUAAACCCUGUCAUCUAUGCCUUCGUUGGGGAGAAGUUCCGGAAUUAUCUCUCAGUGUUCUUCCGAAAACACAUUGUCAAACGCUUUUGCAAACGCUGUUCAAUUUUCCAGCACGAUAAUCCAGAUCGUGUAAGCUCAGUAUAUACACGGUCCACGGGAGAACAAGAAGUUUCUACUGGUUUAUGACCUGGGUUGAGCUUUGUGUAUCACUUAGCUUUUCUAUGUAACUUAGGGGAUACAAUUGUUCUUUUAAAAAAAGAAAUUAGUAUCAUAGAGGGCCCAAGAUACGUGCAUCUUUUUGAUAUUUAUUUUAGAUAGAUUGGGUCUUUUAAAGCUGAAAUGGGGGCGGGGGAGGCGAGGAGAAAGAGUCUUUGGGAGGGGAAGCAUGCACAAAGAGACACGAGGCAGGGGCCACGGCACAUGUGCAAAGGGAGGGACGCAGGGGUGCCACUGUUACCUAGAGAUGACAUGUCUCGUAGCUGGGUUCCUGAGAGGUGGCUGUAAAUAUGCCUAGUUGGCAUAAAGUCGCUUCUUGCUGUCCACGGAUGUGCCUGAUUGCCAACAGGGAAGAACCACUUCUGCAUAUAAAAUGUAGAGUCAGCAGAACUUGAGGUAAAUUGGAAUUAGAAGUGAACAAGAACCCCUAGGCUUAAUUAGGUUGGGGAAAACAGCAAAUACAAGGGAAAAAUAGAGGAAAGAGUUUGGCCUAGGAAGGUAGUCUCAUUUUACAGCCUGAAUAUAAUGUUGUCUCAGGCUGGCAUUUUGCUCCUGCCUUCAGACCUAAAUCUUACCAUACCAGCUUUGAUCCUGAAGGGUAGCCAGACGGCUGUGAAACACCAGGAUUGUGAAUCAUGAGCCUGAGGUCUAGGAAUAACACGAACCCCUUGUGAUUCUAGAUGAGGACUGUUUACAUAGUUUGAACUCGGAACUUUAUAACCUUGAGCAGAGGGUCCAAGAGAUGAGAGAAGAACACCAAUUUUCUCUAUUUACUUAGCAAUCAUCAUAUCUGGGAGAUUCAUUUUAGAAGCAAGUUGUGCACUCCAGGAGUCAUGAAAGCCUAACUAUUGCCCUCUGUGUUCCAGGCUGAGUGUGAGGGCUUCAGUCACACUUUCCAGAUGGCUUCUCCACACAAACAAUGCUAAAUGUAGCCAUUUCAGAAAGGUUUAGGAUUUUUGUUGUUUUGGGAGUUGAUAAUUGUUUUGAAUUUUAGAACAGUUAAGAUCUUCGUAGUGAAGGCUAGGGGAGGAAACAAAGAGGUUAGAAUCUCUCAGAAGAUAAAAGUAUCUGCCUAACAAGAGGUGCUACUGGUUUCUCUCAAGCUCCGAUUAUGAAACCAGAGUCCUGUGACUGUCAGCAGGAAGUGAAUGUUUGAUUUUUUUUCUUUCCUGGGAUACACAUCUUCUUCCCCACUGUGUAGCCCAGACUAGCAUCAAGUUCAUGAUCCUCCUGCUUACAUCUCAAGUUCUGAGAUUACAAGUAUAUAUGAACACACCCAGCUGUAUUUUUAUAUUUGUUAGCAUAUAGAAAGUUAUAAAUUCUUUGAAGGUAAUGAAUCUUAUAAAAAGUGCUUUGUAAAAAAUUGCAUUUUAUACUUUGAAUCAAGUGUACAUUUAGUGAAUAGUACAUAAAAUUAUGAGAGUAUUUUGUAAGUAGUUGUUUUGGAGAACACCCCCAAAUAAUACUUGUUUAAAUAUAGAGUUCUUAGAUUAAGUGGGUGGUGGUGAUGAUUAUAUUUCCUUUAAAGUAUUUUUAGUGUUAACUUUCCUCCUGAAAAAUAUUUUCAUAAUAAUUUGUUGUUAAAGAUAUUAUGUCUAAGCAUGCAGUUUCUAAGCAGUGUUGCCUUGAAAGAUUGUAAAUUUUAAAUUGUGCUUACUCCCCAUCAAAAGAGUUUUAACAUAUUUACAAAUUUAUUUCAGAAGUCAAGAAUCUGGUUGAAAAUAAAGAUAUGCAACUUUGUGGUCUGGUA